AUGAUCGCGCGCGAUCGAACGGUGACGGCGACGACGAGCGAGGUUGAGAGAAGACAAGACGCGCUCAGAGAAUUGCAGACGCGCGCGGAGGAGGCGGCGAGACUCGUGGCGAAAGGAAAGAAAAAGACGCAGCAGAAGAAAAACAACGACGACAAUGACGACGGCGCUAGGCGUCGCGAUCGCGCGUCUUCGUCGAAUUACGACGAGGAGCGCGCGGUGCGUUCGCCGCAAGAAGUUUUACUGCUUCAACGAGAAAUGCUCGACGAACAGGACGAGGCGUUGGACGACUUAUCCGUGGCGGCGGAGCGAACGAAAGACAUCUCACUCGCGGUGAAUGACGAGCUCGAUCUCCACGCCAAGCUUUUAGACGGUUUAGAGGACGACGUCGAAGAUACGCGCGGUCGUUUGCACUUGGCCUCGCGCGCGGUGAAGCGAAUGAUGCGACGAGGCUCCAACUGUCGGCAGUAUUCCAUCGUCGCUCUCGUCCUCGUCGUGUGCGUGCUCAUGCUUUGCUUGAUCAUCAAAUUGCAAGGGCCUUGA